ACGUCGCCGCAGCCGGGCACACCGUUGCGCCAUGUGUAGCGCAGCUCGUAUAAAUACCCGGCGAUGCCGAUCUUAGAGUAUCAGUCCUUUGCUUUAUCAUCAACGAGCAAGCAACACCAAAACAAAACCAACAAAAUGAUGAAGAUUAUCGUAAUCAUCUCUGCCCUGGUCGCUAUCGCCGCCGCUAAGCCGGACGUGUUGGCAGCACCUGUGGUGGCAGCUGCCCCCGCGCCGCUGGUGGCGGCCCCCGUGGUCACGGCCUCCAGCUCGCAGUACUACCACCGCUUCAACAACGGGCUGGCCGCGUACGUGGCCGCGCCUGCUUCAUAUGUCGCAUCCGCGCCCUACGUGGCGGCCUCGGCUCCGUACGUCGCAGCGCCCUACGUUGCUGCCCCGUACCCUUACUCCGCUUCCGUUGUCGCCGUUUAAAUUGAACUUAGCCAUGACUCGUUUAUGAUAUUUGGAAUACAGUUUGCUUACCCC